UAUUAGAAACGGGGCAUACCUUGCGCUGGGGUCCGUGUGGGCCGUGGAUUGUAAGGGUGUGUCUGGAGAAAGAGAAGAGAGAAAAGCAGACGGCAGGAACGAUGAAAAGCUGGAACGCCAAAGUAUUCAUAGCAAUUGGACUCGUAUUCGUUGGCUUGUUAUACGUAUUUCGGAGCGGUGGGGUUGUCUUGGUUUCUACAUUAGACUACAAACAUAACCCUGUAGAUGAAUCUUACAACCGACCAAGAACGAAAGACGGUUUUGAAGGUUGCCAAGUGUCGACCUACAAAAACAGUGAGCUUGAUCAAGCCAUUCAUUCGUGGAGAACAUUUGGAAUGCAUCACCGAGAUAUUAAUUAUACUGCUUUAGCUGAACUGAAGGCAGAGUUUGACAGGAUAUUUCAGUAUUACGAACUAGUGUAUCAGCAAUAUAGAAAAAUUACACGUAAUCGAAAUUUAUUUUCAGAUAAUUUUUCGCACAAUAUCCGUUUCAAGACAUCUGGUAAACAUUUAAAGCUUUACAUACGUGAAUUCAAGGGGAAACAACCAACCAAGGGCGGAACCACGUUUCGAAUUGCUUUAGAAGGAGAAGAGAAAGUGCUGUGUGAUGUCCAUGACAGUUUUGAUGGAAACUACACUGCGUGCUGCCCCCUAGUGAGCGGGUGUGUUGACGUCAAGGUUAUUCUCCAGUACCUAGAAUUUGAACCAUUUUUGCAGAGAUCCCACGGCGACGUGAGGCCAGAGCUCAACAAGCUACUAAAGCAAUUCCAGUGGUGCUCCCCCUAUAACACAGCAAGGAAAAUCGCCUCAUUAAAUGACACUUCACUGGCCAAAAUAUCUCAAACUCACUGCCAAAAUAAAACGAUAAAGGACUACCUCGGUGGGCGUUGGCUUAAAACACAAAAUGGUUGGCGGUGGGGGACAGAGGACAGGUGUUUAUUUAACUACAUGCCCCGGCGAGAGGUGACCCGCUGUUACAAUAAACUGAACUCGAUCACAUUUAUUGGUGAUUCCCAUUUGCGUAACACGGGGGAUUAUUUCAUAGAACUUUUAGGAUACAAUAUGGCGAACGUGACCUAUCACCGGCAUUAUGACUACAUUCCCGAACCAAAGAUCUCAAUUCUGUGGGCACCCUGGCCCGAUACCGCCAUAGAAAGACUAGUCAACUUAACUAAAGAUCAGAGUAGCGUUCGAACCCAAAACGACGUUGUUAUCCUUAUGACUGGACAGUGGGAUUUUUGGAUGAGGGGACCCAUGGGGUUCUUUGAGGAAUCUUCACAAAAGUUGGCUAACGCUUUGAAAAAUUUUAAACAGGAUCCUUUUUGGAGCAAGAGCAGGGUUCUGUGGAUGCAGCAGAUAGCUUAUCCCCGAGGUGUAACACAGGCAGGAUUUCGCAGUAACCCCAUCUCUUCCGCGGCAAACGCUUGGAUGGAAACCAAGCUGCGUGACGUAGAUGUUGACGUCAUAGAUUCUUUACACGUCACACGCCCUUUGUAUUAUGAAAACCACUGCGGUUGUCAUUACUUAUGCAGGAAGUGGGGUCACUUUGAUCAUACCGUGGGAGAAGUGGGGAAGACGCUCGCGCAUCUACUCUUUAAAAGUAUGUGCGGACUGUGAUAAAUUG